AGAGGAACAGAGACUUGCUUAGGCCUUCCUGUGCUUCCUUCUUCAUCCUCUCUGCUUUAUCCAUCUGCGAAUCUUAAGCAUAUGUAUCUAUAACAAGUUCAGCGGCAGGAGGAAUGGGACGGCAUUCUUGCUGUCUCAGGCAGAAGCUAAGGAAAGGGUUGUGGUCUCCUGAAGAAGAUGAGAAGCUCUACAAUCACAUCAGUGCGUUUGGAGUUGGAUGUUGGAGCUCUGUGCCAAAACUAGCAGGACUGCAGCGCUGUGGGAAGAGCUGUAGACUCAGGUGGAUCAAUUACCUGAGGCCAGACCUUAAAAGAGGCAGCUUCUCUCCGCAAGAAGAGGACGUGAUCAUAGGUCUACAUGGAAUUCUGGGCAACAGGUGGUCCAAAAUUGCAUCACAGUUACCGGGAAGAACAGACAACGAGAUCAAGAACUUCUGGAACUCAUGCCUCAAGAAGAAACUGCGACUGAGGGGAAUCGACCCAACCACCCAUAGGCCACUGAACGAGGUGAAAACACAAGAAGAGACGAUCAGAAUGUAUUACUCGAAUUCUGGUGCUAACUUUGAGCAGUUGCCGGAGCAUCCCUUCCCGCUGAUCGAAAUCCAGACAUGUUUGGAUUCAAUAGAGAGCAACGCGAACUUCUACUACCAAUUCCACCAGCCUUUUGAGCCGCUAAGCCAGAAUGAAUGCUUAGUCAAGCCAGAGUUAUGUGAUUAUGGCGGUGUCAUGGAUGUUCCAGAGAACUUUGGCUACGGGGAGAGCUCCAGCAACAGCGGCAACUGGAACUGCAACGUAGUACCUGAGAUAAAGCAUGUGUUUGGAAGUGAAGCAUUCAAUUGGGUAUCUGUGAGCAAGGCGGAAACACUAGUGGAGCCUCAUGAACACAAGCAUAGUUCUUGGCGAGAGUGUCAACAUGUAAUGAGCUCAGAAGAUUUCAGCACAGAACCAGUGGGUUCACUGCCUCGUGAUCUCUCAGAUAUCUGCUUCAAUGUCCCUCGAGAAGCAUCGGCAGGCGAAUUCAAUGUGGAAUUCAUCUAGAGUUUCUUCAAUGCACGUUACCUCUCUCUGUUCAUUACAUUUGAAUUCACCAUAGCUUGUCCUUCUGGUCUGUUUUUGGUCACAAUUUUCUCCUCCUUUUUGGUAUUUCGUUGUUAAUAAGGCUAAUAUAAUAAAGAAAGUUCUUCUUCUU